AUGGAUGAGUUAUAUCAAACAAACCAAGAACUUCGGGAUGAACUUUCACGAUUAGCUCAAUCAAACAGGAAUAUCGAGAAACGAGUAUAUACUCUAGAAAGAGCUAUAGCUAUAAGGGAAGAAAGAAUUCGAUUUCUUGAAGAGGAGUUAGAUAAUACUAUUGAGCUUUCCAGACAAGAAAGGGAGGAAAUGACAAAGAAGAUAACAAAUUUAAAAAGAAUAGUACAUCAACUAGAAAAGGAAAAUAUACAGAAAGAUAAAGAAAUAAUUAAUAAGGAAAAUUUAAUAAAUGAGUUUGAUGAACGAGAAAAAAAAUUAAAAAACAGAAUUCGGGAAAUAUCCAAAUCAGCAGGUAAUACUCCCAAAGCAUAUACUCAAACAGUAAAGUUGAUAGAUGAGAAUGAGCAUUUGAAACAUGAGAUUGAUACUUUGAAAUAUAAUCUUAGAGAUCGAGACAAUAAAUUAGCCCAGAAAAAAACUCGUAUUACAGAUUUACAUUGCCAAAACUUUGCGUUAACAUUAUUAAGAUACCGAGAUAGAGUAGAACUUAUAAAUACUCAAGAAACUUUACAAAAUGCUCAGAUAUGGAAUGUAGAAAAUGAAUAUGAAUCAGAUGAAAAUUCUCAGGAUAGUUAUACAUCUGAUCCAGAUAUGGCAACAAUAGCUGAGUUAGCCGAUACUAUUGAUGGUUAUUUGGAUAAUCCAGGAACAAAUAGAGUGAUUUUAUCCAAUCAAAUAAAAAGAGCAACGCGUCAGAUACGUCGUAAAUAUAACAAUUCGCAAGAUGAUAUAAUACGUGAACAACGGGCUAGAUAUGAUGCUGAAGGAGAACGAGAUUUAAUGCAGUUAGCUUAUCAAAAUGAAGUAAAAAAACAUCGUCGAUGGUACUAUUCUUAUAAAGAUAAGCAUAGACAUGUUAUAAAUUUACAACGGGAUAAAUUUACUUUACAUUUAUUGUUACAACGAUAUAAAAGGCAGAUAAAUUCAUGUCGUACUGAAAAUGGAUUAUUAGAAUAUAACCGUGACCGAAUUUUUGAUAGAUAUGAAAAAUGGAAGAAUAAAACGAAAGAUGAACGGCAAAUAAUUUUAAAUCAAAAUCAAAAUAUUUUAAAUUUACAGCAACAAAAUUUAGCACUACAAAAUAAUAAUCAACAAAAUCAAAUUAUGACAACUAAUCAACUACCAACAUAUUCAGGAGAUGAAAAUUUGGAAAAAUUUCUAGCUCAAUUCAGAGCAGAAGUAGAAGCUCGUGGUAUUAAUGUAGCAGAUGGAGCAGGUGCCCCAACAGGAAGAGACGUUGGAAAAGGAUUAUUACGUGGUUGUAUGAGAGGACGACUGUUAGAAUGGUAUGAUGAAAACAUUACUACUAAACAAAAUUUCGAACUGUGUAAUUUGUUAGAUAAUACAGGGCAAGCUACUAUACAGUUAGUUGCAGGACGUACAGCAGUACAAAUAG